UGGAGUCAGUGUCAGUUCAGUCAGUUGUCAGUUUAUAGCUUUAUCAAUUAGUGUUGACAGUAUUUUCAUCGAUGCAUCGAUAUUUCAUAUAGCCUAAACUUAGAAUAGUUUUUUAUUUAAUUAAAAAAUGUCUUAUCAAGGAUCGCCUUUUUCAACCGCUUACGGUCAAGAUGAUUUUGAGAUGGACGAGGAAAAUGAAGAAUAUAUGGAUGACAACAGAGAUGUCGGGGAGCAGGAUGAAAGCGAUGAAGAUACUGAAGAGGCGAGUGAAACGGAUAUGGGAAAAUCUGAAUAUACAGAAAUUAAAGAACAGGUUUACCAAGAUAAGCUCGCUAGUUUGAAGAAGCAAUUACAACAGUUAAAAGAUGGAACACAUCCCGAAUAUAAUCGGAAAUUGAAAAGACUCGAGGCUCAAUAUAAAGAAAGAUUAAGAUUAAAUGCAAUACAUCGCGAUUAUCUCACCGAAUGGGUCGAAAGAGAUUACAUCCUAGAAAAAAAAGCGGCAGCCAAAGAAUUUGAGGAAAAAAAGAUCGAUUUAAAAGAAAAUCUGAUCACGGACAUGGAGGAAAAACGGAAAAUGAUAGAGUCCGAUCGGCACACAAUGGAGCUCACGGGUGAUUCUAUGGAGGUGAAACCGGUAAUGACGCGAAAACUGCGCCGACGGCCGAACGAUCCUGUGCCGGAGAAGGUGGAGAAGCGGCGAAAACCGCCACCUGCCCAGUUGAAUUACUUGCUGGACGAGAAGGAGAUUGACAGUGACUUGAAGGCGAUCAGUCGCGGCAAAGUAUUGACGACCACUGUCCGGAAACCAGUGGUAAUGCAGCAGCACUACAGUCCGGUCAGUGUACCAACUCCUCCGCUGAGCGUCUCCACCGACUCUUCGCUUGUCGAGACACGAAUAGAGGACGGCAAACUUCUUUACGAGAGAAGAUGGUUUCACCGAGGUCAAUCAGUCUACGUGGAAGGCAAGGAUUUAUCGAGGUUUUCCGCAAAUAUAUCAGCGAUUGGAACGGAGGCUAUUUGGGUAAAGAAAGUUACGGACGGAAACAAAGUACGGAUAUAUACGUCCCAGUUAAGCAGGGGGAAGAUUUCCAUCAAACGACGCGCGAAUUAAAUAAAUUCAUCCUAAUACCUACGUAUGUGUAUUUGUCUGUAAAUCUGAGCGGAAGUUCGGCUUGGGCGUUAGGUGCGACCAAAGGUAAAGUGACCUUGACGGCGCUUGUCUUUUGCCACCAGUAGAACCAGACCCGCUGAUGGUACCCGAUGGCCGUGUACAUCCAGACGAAAUAGGAGAAGAUGAUGAGCGUCAUCAUUGCCAGGAGAGAGUAAGUGGUCCAUCGAGCCGGAGGAAAGUUGUCGUAGGUCUGAUUUUGCGAAUAAAAGUCGGCCGCAACCACGCAGACGUAAGAGCAGGCCACGGUCAGCGGAGUGACAAGCAGGCAGCGAAGUACAUCAGAGUGCAGAUUUCGCACGGAAAUUCGGUGCCUCUGAUUGCCGAGGCAGAGCCAGACCGGAAUUGACUGGAGGGCGCGGUAUCGAGGUGUUCUUUCGACUUGGAACUCGUAUCUGCAGAGCUCGCAACUCUUUCUGUUGCUCUCUUCCAGCCAUUGCUCCAAGCAGGUCAAGUGAAUUGCUCCGAUCGUUCCCUGGGAAAAUAAGGAGACUUUCUUUUAAUUGUACAUAAGCGGAAAUUAAUUAUUAAAACUUAAUGGUGGGUUAAGUUGCUCGCGCCUUGACAAAUCGGCGUCAGAGAAUCGAUAUUGAAGACCAAGAUUGUGGGUGCCUUCGUAAUAUAUGUUAAUAAAGUACUUUUGAUUUA